AGUCCUCCUCAGUACUGGAUCUUUCAACCAGUUGAAAAGAUGGCUGAAUAUCUGAACAACGCUUUCCUCAGGCGUCUUCGCAGUUUCAUACCAGUCGAGUUCAAAACCGAAGUGAAGGAGCUGUCAUCUCUGGCUUUGCCUGUGUUUUUGUCCUACAUUAUGGUCUACUUGAUCGGUUUUGUCAGCGUUAUAUUUUGUGGACAUUUGGGAAGGACAAUCCUGGAGGGUGUGGGCCUAGCUACAGCUGUUAUAAACGUUUCAGCUGUUUCUGUAGGCUAUGGUUUGGCAUCAGCCUCUGGCACAUUAGUAUCUCAAACUUUUGGGAGUGGUAACCUUAAGCGAGUUGGAGUGAUUGUGCAGAGGACGUUUCUCAUCUUAAUGUUGGCCUGCUUCCCUUGCUGGGCCAUUUUAAUAAACACAGAGUCAUUACUGAUUGCUGUUAAACAGAACCCAGAGGUUGCUAGAGUAUCUCAGUUAUAUGUGACGAUUUACAUGCCUGCUCUUCCAGGAUUAUUUACAUUCAUAGCUGAGGCAACAUAUCUGCAAAAUCAAGGAAUCAUAUGGCCAUUGGUCAUCUCUGGAGCUGUGAGCAAUGUGAUCAAUGCCUUGUGCAACUACAUUUUUAUUUUUGUUUUGGAUCUUGGCAUCGUUGGAUCAGCAGCAGCCAAUGUUGCCUCACAAUAUGUCAUGGCUAUUAUGCUGUUUGUCUACAUCCUGUAUAAAGGUCUUCAUAAGGAGACUUGGCACGGCUUGUCCAUGGAUUGUCUACAGGAGUGGGGUGAUUUUAUGUGGCUGGGUAUUCCAGCCAUGUUAAUGCUGAGUACAGAGUGGUGGACCUAUGAGCUGGGUUCAUUUUUGGCAGGUUUGAUAAGUGAAGUAGAGCUGGGAGCCCAAUCAGUUAUUUAUGAACUGGCAAAUAUUGCAUAUAUGUGUCCUAUAGGCUUCAGUGUGGCAGGCAGUGUGAGAGUGGGAAAUGCUCUGGGGGCUGGAAACCCUGAACAGGCCAAACUGUAUGCCAAGCUCUCUAUAGCCUUCGCAGUCUCCAUAUCAGUGUGCUUGGCAGUUGUCAUUGGCAGUCUCAAAGAUGUCAUUUCUUACAUCUUCACUAAUGAUCAACAGAUUAGAGAGAGAGUCAGUAGAGUAAUGGUACUCUAUGCCCCUUUCCAUCUCCUUGACACAAUAGCAGCAGCUGGUGGGAGUAUUGUCAGAGCCCUAGGAAUGCAGAUGUUUGGGGCAGCUGGAAACCUGGUUGGAUAUUAUGGCAUUGGCUUUCCUAUUGGAGUGUCUCUGAUGUUUGCUGCUAAAAUGGGCAUAUUUGGUAGGAAUAUAACUUUUUCUCCCACUCUCUUUUAUUGUUCAAGUUCUUCGCAUUCAGUCAUGCUUCUCUUGUCUCAAAUAGGUCUUUGGAUUGGCCUUUUAGUUUGCGUGUUCCUGCUGUCAGUUUUCUUCAUAGUUCUCCUAAUAAAGAUAAACUGGGUGAAAGCCACAGAGGAGGCACAGAAAAGAGCUGGAAUACAGUCGGACUGUGCAGAGGACGAUACAGUACAGCAGGCUAACAACGUGCAUCUGAGUGAUGGAGGUGCUCACACUGACACCGAGAUGCUGACAGAGAAUCUGCCCAACUUGACUACAACAAUAAACGCUCUACCUUUAGGGGUCUUGGUGGUCCGAAGAGGCCUGACUCUAUUGGCUAUGUUCAUGAUUCUGGCUGUAGGGAUUGCUUUAAGUGUACUUGUGAAGAUGUAGCAAUGUGCUCAGUUGGCCUUAAACCAUGUUAGAAAGUUAGUAGUCAAAGGG